AUGGGACUUUUAAAAAAUACCUACUCAACGGAUUUUGAUGAAAUUGGUUUAUCUCUCCGUCCAGCUCUCAGGUUGCAAUUCAAAACUAUUAAAAAUAUAGCUCAAUAUUUAGAGUCGCAACAAGAUAAAUUGAAUUUUUGCUUAGUUAAUAGGGCAUGGACUCCAGCAGCCACCGAAACUCUAUGGUCAGAGCCAAAUUUUAAAACACUUGAUUCUCUUCACUCAUUUUUACACGUGGUUGGAAAUUCAAAAGAAUGUGCAUUAAGAGUUCGUGUCCUUAACUUAUGUGCACCCGAUGAAAACAAUGUCAGUUCUUUUGUACCAGUUUUACGAUCUGCUCGACCAGAACAUCAAAUAAUGUCUGCAUAUUUUUUAUCAAAACCAAAUUUCAUAAUAAAAAUUGCCAUGUUAUGUGAAAAUAUACAAAGAAUUAAAAUUUAUGGUUGGAAUUUAUAUGACAAUCACAUACAAUCAUUAUAUCAAUAUUGUUCAGAUCUCAAGGAAAUUCUGAUAAUUGGAAAUAAAAAACUUACACAUAUGGCAUUUUUUCCAUUAAUGAAUUGUAUUCACGUGCUGGACUUGGAUGGCAUCUUUGACCUUGCAGAUAAUUUUGCAAUGGCAUUGGCAAAUAAAUGUCCUGGCGUUACUUCACUCAAGCUUUCCACUAAAGUAAUGACUGAAAAGGGGUUUGAUGUAUUGGCUAACAAAUUGACAAGGCUCAACAAUUUAAUUUUACAAAAUUGUCUCCAUCUCACUGAUCAAAAUAUUCAACAUUUUGCACAACAAAAUUCUAAAUUAAAAAAUUUUCAAUUAUUAGGUAAAAGUCUUACUAUUAAAUCAUUCAAAGUGGUCAUGGAUCAUUUGAAAGAAUUAGAAUAUUUUGAUUUUAGGUGCCUACAAAAAAUAAGUUGCUUAUCUACUGAGAUACAAUGGUUAAAACCACUUUGUCAGAAUCUACAAGUAAUUAUACUUGAAAAUUUACCAAUUGACGAUAAUACUAUUACAAUCAUCACAAUACAUUGCAAACAAAUAGUAAAGUUUGCAAUUUCAAAUUGUCCAUAUGUCACAGACAAUUCAAUUAAUAGCAUUGCAGAAAAUGAAAAAAAACUUUCAAUAAUCGACUUACAUUAUUGUCAUAACAUUACAGACAUUUCUCUCAAAUACCUAGGUUAUAGAUCUAGUGCUUCACUUACUCGUGUUAUUAUAGAGUCAUGUGGUUUCUUUGUUCCAGAAACCAUUCAAUGGUUUGUUAAAGUUGUUCCAAAACUUGAAAAAAUAGUUUUUAACGGAACACCUUCAAUUACAAAUUCUUUUAUUUAUCAAUUUGCAACUGAAAAGCUCAAUGGAAAUUAUUAUUUGAUGGAUCAUACAAAAUGUACAAUUGAAAAAGAAAAUAUAAAAAAAUUGGCACAAUUUCAAAAUAUGCCUAAUAUUUUUCAAGAAGAUAAAAUUAAUGAAUUGGCAAUAGAAUUAGGCUUUCCUGCUGAUGUCAUUGAUAAUGCUAUUAGAAAAGUUUUUGGAAAUGAACAACAACAAAGUAUUUCUCAAGGAAAUAAUAUUUCAAUCCAAACUUCAAAUAGAAAUGAUGACAGUGUAAGAAGUAUUAUAAAUCCUGAUGAUCAACUAGACAUUUCAUUACCUCAAAAAGACUAUAGUAAUCAAGGCUUAAUAUUUAAUGAAUUUCAGGAUGAUUAUUUACAAAAUAUAUCAACUACAAAAACUACAACAAUUUCUGAAAAUUCUUCUUCUUCAAUUGCUCAUUCCGGUGAAUGGAAUUCCGUAAAUGAAAAAAAAACUGAAAGCUUUUUGUUGUCUAAUAAUAUAAUUUUACCUGUUCCUAACCAUAGUUCACAAAUGGAAUCCCUAUGUGAUGAUUUAGAUUCUAAAGAUGAAUCUAAUAACACAGCGAAUAAUAAUAACACAGUUGUUGAAAAUAAUUUUAAUAAUUAUGAUGCUCAGAAAAUUUUACCAGUAGAAGAGGAGCCAUUAGUUCAAGUUGAGCCAAUAGAGUUUGAGUUUGAAUCACCAUCAAGUAGUAAUGUUGAUAAUUCUAAUGUAAUAAAUGAGGAGAGUCUCGAGCAAACAGAUUUAAAAUCACAAGAAAAUGAAUUGAAAGAAUCUAUAACUUCAAAAAACUGUGAUGAGAACAUUUCAGACGAUGAGAUCGAAUUUAUACAACGUCCCCAAACAAAUCAAUCUUCAAGUAAUAUGGAAUCGACAAGUAGUAAUGAUACAAAUAAAUCAAAUCCACAAAGUGAGAAAACUUAUCUUUCCUUUUUGGGAAAGAAAUUUUUAAUGGUACCGAAUAAAGAAUGGCCUACUUUAGCUGAAGCUGUAAAAAUCAGUGAUAACAAAAAAUACUCUGGUACUUCAUCCUCAAAUAUAACAUCUCCUUGGAAUGGCACUAAAAAAUGGACCACAGAUAAAAAAAUUGAUACUCCUGAAGCCAAACAUGGUAAUUCUUGGAAUCCCAGCAAGUUGAAUCGAUCGACAUUGAUUCCUAUACAGAAACCGAAAGAUCCUAUCAACUUUAAGAAGAAAAAGAUACCGUAUAAUAAUUUUGACAUGGACGAUAAUAGGGGAUGGGGGCCACCACCACCGAUUCGUGGAAUUUUAUGGAAUGAUUCCGACCAGAUUAGUGGUGUUAAUUUGCUCAAAGAAGAAAACAACACAACGUAUUCUACUCAAAAAAAUAAUGCUACUAAAAACAAAUUAAAAGGAGUUCAGGAACAAAAUAAAGCCGGGAUUUCCCAAUUUGGAAUAAAUCAUUUGGAAAAUAAAGGUAAUUCAAACUAUGAUGGUAGAUCAAUAAAGGAUUACGUGUCAUCAAAUAAUGAUGGUCAUUUUUCAUUAGUUGAAUUAAAAGAUCACUUUGACAAUAUUGAGCAAAUAUGGAAUUUAAAUAGGAUGGAUGAACAAAAAAGCACGGAAGAUAUUCUUUGUAAUUUGAUUUCAUUUAUUUGA